ACAACUGAAACGUGACUAUCCCGGUGCUGUAGUUCUUAGUACUGAUGACUUCUUUAUCGAAAAUGGGGUAUACAUGUUUGAGCCUGACUUCUUGGAGGAUGCACACAAAUGGAACCAAAAGCGAGCACGCAAGGCAAUGAAGAAUGGGAAAAGCCCGGUUAUAAUUGAUAACACCAACAUCCAUGCUUGGGAAAUGAAGCCGUAUGUGAUGAUGGCACGUGAAAAUAGGUACGAAGUUAUAUUCCAAGAACCAGAUACACCCUGGAAGUUCAAUGUUCAAGAACUGGCAAG